CGUCGCGGGCUCACUCAUUUAAAGCCAGCCAAACUGACAGCAUACCCCGUGCGGUUACAAAAGUACAUAUUAUUGCAUUAUAUGCAUAGUGUGUUCGAGGGUGCGAAUUUUUUUUUUAUACACGUUUCGUUCGUCCGAGAAUAGUAAUAAUAACCAUUUGUGUGUAAUUAUUUGUUGUUUACUCUCGAUGACGAUCGUUCGGUUGAGUUGAUCAAAGCAAAAAAAAAACAUGAUACAUAAUAUUUAUACAUUUCGAUGAUAAAUAAUAAUAACCUGUGAGUGAAUCAAAGUGACGUGCUACAACGACAAAAGAUUACUAAAACAAAUUUUUGUAAACUCCGCCGUCGUCGAAUCGUCGAGGUGUGACCAAAAAAAAAAAAAGGAAAAAGUAAAGUGACUCCACGAGUGCUCGAUCUCGUUGCCAUCUCGUCUUAGGUGGUAGUAGUAGUAGCAGUAGUAAAAAAAAGUCGCGAAACUGUUCGACCUGUACGGCGCCGAGACCCAUCACGGUCUCAAUCACGGCAAAACGAUUGAGCUGGACUUGCACCAACGAGCCGCCGGCCACUUCAUGAGAGCCGGCGGCAACAUGUGCGACGGCGCGUCGUUCCAGGAGACGCUGCGCGGCAUGCAGGGCAUAUCGGGCGCCUCGCCGCCCGGCGCAGCCUCGGUGGGUCCCGGGGCCGCCACGGCCGCCAGCGUCGCGGCGAUGGUCGGCCUCGGCAGUCCGCUGGGCAACGCCGCCGCCGCGGCGGCGGGCAAGCGCCUCCAGGCCGACCACAUCAAGCGACCGAUGAACGCCUUCAUGGUCUGGUCGAGGUCGCAGCGCAAAAAGAUCGCCCACGAGAAUCCCAAGAUGCACAACAGCGAGAUCUCCAAGAGGCUGGGAGCCGAAUGGAAACUGCUGACGGAGGAGGAGAAGCUGCCGUUCAUCGACGAGGCCAAGCGGCUGCGAGCGAUGCACAUGAAGGAGCACCCGGACUACAAAUAUAGGCCGCGCAGAAAACCAAAGACACACAGAAAGGAGGGCUAUCCCUACAGCAUACCCUAUCCGAGCGUACCGAUGGACGCCCUCAGAACCUAUCCACGUGUUGUAGAUAUGCCAGCGGCCGCGGGGAUGAACUCGUACUACGGCCACGCGGCCUACGGCUCGCUGUCGGCGGCGAGCAUGGCAGCGGCCGCGGCCGCGGCGGCCCAACAGUCCGCAGCCGCCAUGUCCGCCGGACUCACUGCACCGGCCCAGGUCGUGAGCUCGAUGGACGCGAUGAAGUACUCGAUGGAGGCGGACAAGUAUCGGGCGGCCUACAUGCCGCCCUCGUCGACCCUCGCCAUGUCCAUGUACUCCGAGGCCAAGUACCUCGACACCAGUCCCAAGUCCUACCUGGACCGCAGCUAUCUCGACUCGGCCAAGGCCUACUUCGAGCAGUCCAAGCUCUACAUGGAUCAGCAGCAGCAGCAACAGCAACAGCAGCAACAACAGCAGCAGCAACAACAACAACAACAACAGCAGCAACAGCAGCAACAGAAGAAUUCGGUAGAGUACGGCCGGUCGUCGUUCGAGGGUAGCAAACUGUACGACGACGCGAGUCCGGUCAACAGCAGUCGCUCGCCCGUGGCCGACUCGCCCGAGAGCAAUAACGGCGGCGGUGGCAGUAGCAAAAAUCAGUCCUUCUCCUUGAAGCAGCAGAGCAGCAACAACAACAGCAACGACGUCAACAACGAGGCCAACAACACGGCCGCGUCCAGCGGGUCCUCCGCGUCGACCUCGAGCCCGGCGGCGAGCGUCACCUCGAGCUACUACUCGAACGCCGCCGCGGCCGCCGCGGCCGUCGCCGCCACCGCACCGGCGAGCUUCCUCGCCCCGCAGAUGGGCAGCUACAUGAAUUAUCAGAGCGCGAUAGGGGCGGCGGGUCGGGGCGCCGAGUCGUCGUUCCGCCAGCCGAUGUCGCUGCUCUUGUGACCCGAUCGGGCGGCUUAGCUAUGAGUCAUGAUUGCUCAGCAGCAGCAGCAGCAACAGCAACGUGACCAACAGCAACAACAAUACGAGAAAGAGUGACGACGUUGAGGAUGAGGAUAAAGAUGAACGAGAAACAACGACGAGUGAAUUAUUUAUUUGAUGUUUGUUUGAGGGGAGGACUUGUAGAUAUUUUGUUUUAUUUUUAAUUUUUUUUUACGUACGAUUGUUGUCUCGCUUUCUCUGACGCGUACUCGAAUUGUGUACAUAUUAUCUUUUAAUUUAGUUAAAAAUUGUAUAGAAUCGAAUUGAAUUUUAAUAAAUUUAAAACUAAUCUUACUUUUUUUCUUCUUUUUUUAUCGUAUCGAAAGAUUUCAAUUCAAAAGUUCUUUUUCUGCAGCGUUGUACACUCAGGGUAUGGAUCACGCGUGUAAGUACUGCAAAAUUUUAAGUCUUAUUAAAUAUAGUCCGUUAGAGAGGUGAGACAAAAUCCUGAAUGAAAAUAUAGGAUGAAAGAAAAAACGGCAGCGGAUAAUUUGUUAUUUUGUUUUAACUGUUGUUCUUCGAGUACAAGACAUUUCAAAAUUUUUAUUUAUCCAAAGCUGGCGUUACUAUACGUGGAAAAAUCUCAACGUGCAAAUAUGUAUGAAUGUUUGGUAUUUUUGGAAUAAUUAAGUGGAAAAAAAAAUGAAAAAUGAGUAAAAAAAAAAAAAUCAUCGCCAGCUCGUGAUAUGUCAAAGUGAUACUGGUUUUAACCGUUGCAUUUAAUUAUUAUUAUUAUUAAUACUGUAUAUCGUUUCGAAUUGUCUUGGGUAUAAAGGUAUGAUACAGUUUUAUGUAUUGACGAUAAUAUUACACAAAUAUAAAUAUAUACAUACGAUUAGAUAGCGACUAGUAUUAAUUACGAUUCAACGAUUAGUAAUUCAAAUCGACAAGCAAAAAAAUGUCUCUUCUAAUUAUAGCAAUCCUUCACAGCACAUUUCUUCUUUUUUAGAAAAAAAAAAGGUUUUUUUUUCAAUGUUGUCGUAACUGUAUUUAUAAUUUUUUUUUUUUUCAUUGAGUUUAAAGAACACAAGGUUCGAUUUUACGCAACAGAGUUAAAUCUUAUUCGCAUAUUAAGGGGAAUCUCACCCUAUCAUACGUAUUUUGUGUACAGGCGUAGAAGUUCUUUGAUUAAAAUCAUAAAUAUUAAUAGACAAAUCAGUAAGAAAAGCUAAAGUUGUUUGAAAAUUUUGUUGAAAAGUGCACAAAAUAUAAAGUAAAGGAAAGAUUUAGAAAAAAAAAACAAAAACCUUGAACUUCUACACACUGGCACAACUAGGGUAUGAUACCGUUCGCACCUCAAGCAUUGAAAAUUCGCAUUCGUUUCGGAAGACAAAAGUGUAACUUUUGUAUUCCAAGUGAUCGCUUGAAAAUGUUACAUUUCCACGCCUGGACUUUUACAGAGCCGAGUGUCGCAAAGCGAAAAUUUGGAAUAUCGAACGUUAAAAGAAAAAAAUAAAAAUAAAACAAAAAAAAAGUUGUACUUCGAUUUAAGGGAGAAGUUUUCGCGAAAUCUCAGGACUUCUAACGGUAUUGUGUUCCUAUCGUAAGCGAUUCAACCGACGAGUCAUUUGAUUAUUUCGGAUUUUUAGAAAAAAAACGACAAAAAGCAAACGAAUCUCGGACUUUUUUCAUUCUUUUAGUUAUUAAGAAUAUUUUA